AUGAUUGAUCUGAUUAAAUUCAAGGAGAGAGAAGCGUAUCGUGCGCUGUAUGAACAGGCUCAAGGUGACGCUACGCUGUCGCCUUUAGCAGCUCAUUUCCGUGAUCGUUUCAAACACGUGGGCCUCUUUAUGCAGAUGCACAGACAACAACAACAACAACAACAACAAGUGCAACAAGACGGAAUCGGUGGGCACUUCCAGAAACUUCACGCUGAUCUGCUGGUCGGUAGUCGCACCAUUCCUGACGAGAGUGAUUACUACUCAGACUACGACUCGGACGAUGACGUAGACUCAGAGACCUCAAAUGACGGCCAACAGGAAGUGAAUACGCAAGCUAUUGAAGCAAGAAAGGAGAGCGAUGAGAACAUUGUGAUGGAGCCUGAACGGCUGUUUCCGACGCCCCAAGAGCUGGAGAAACUCACUCCUGUGGAUACUAAAGCCGCUUUGGCUUUGUAUGUACAGAACCGACACGCUAUGGCGGAAAUGCUUGAUGGCUAUGCGGAGUUGGUGAGCUCUCAGAUGAUUCCGACGCUUAAAGCCUCUCUGAGUACACGUAACCGGGGAGCUUUGAUGGAGACACUGGACUUUGUGGCUCGAGCUUCGGAAUUCGUUUGUGCGAGACGAGUGCAAGUGUUUGUAGCCAAGUUGUUGCAUGCUGUGGCGGAGAGUGUCGUGGGCGAUUUUACGAGCUACGAGAAAGAGUUUGAAGAACUGAUCACGGAAAUGGAGGGUGCUGUCAACUUCAUUCGAUUUUUCUUACAGACUAGAGAACCCCGACGGAAGAAUAAGAAUAAAUAA